AUGUUCGAUGAAGAUGUUCUAGAGGGAUCUCGAGAAAGUAGCGAGGGAAUGUAUAUUCUGAUAUUAUAAAAUUGACACUAGCAACAAGAGCAAGAUACGCGAGGGUUUGUGGAGCGGAGGAUUGAGAGGGUUUGAAUUUUUUAAUAAAAUUCUUCGAUUACAUUUUGUAAAGGGAAUUCAGAGCGUAAAAAUGGCGAAUAGCUUAAAUGGUCGUCUGAAGAGGAAGGGGACGGCUGACAUUGAAGCAGAAUAUAGUUAUGGCGAUGUCUUAGCGUCUACAAAAAGAUUCCGGCUUAAUCCGGAGUUGCCAGUGUUUUGUGGAGAGCGAGGAUUUUUAGGGGUUUCAUGUGAUGACACACUAAUGCAAAUACCGGAAAUGCCAAAUUUCGUGGAAAUAUCAGAAUUGCAGCAGCCAGCCGAGCCUUCUGCAAUGGCUACAGAACCUUUAUCAUAUGUUCCCAAUGAUGAAAAGGCACUCGUGCUCUACAAGCCAAUCAAUCCACCAAUUUUUCCAGGUCUUCCAGCAGCUGGCUCUCCUGAUCUUCCAAUCAAAUUCAACAUGAAUUGCUUUUCAAACCAUAAGGCAUGGGAGAUUCAAGGGAGGGGAAACUUGCCUGACCUAUUUCGUCUUGCAAGACGAUCUGAUCCUGCAUCAAACAUGAAGAUAUCAACAAGCCAACCCGUAGAUAAUCGCCUUGCAGUGGUUCCAUGGACGCCUUCCCAAUUUCCCACAUGUGUGCAGGAGUUGUCAUUAGAUCAGAAGUCAGGUUGUGAUAACGUCACUGAGAAUGAGGACCACAUGAUGAUGGAUGAAGAUAAUGUGGCUUCGAUGGAGGAGGAUCCGAUUCAACCACCACAAGCAAUCACUGCAUGUAAUAAUGUAGUAAAUGAAAUCAACAGUGAUGGAUUGCAGUGGCAGCAUUGCAUGACCCCUCAGUCGCCACUCAACCCACAGGUGAUGUGGUCUUAUUAAUGACUCUCUGAACUUGAAGCCUCUUUCCAUGAUGAAAGGUAUGGUACGUAAGACUAGUCCUGAAUGGAGAGAUUGAAAAUUUUUCUAUAUAGAACUUGGAGGAGGCAACAGUGAUGGAGUUGGAGGCUGAGUUAUUGUUUAUUCUAAGAUGGAUUUGAGUUCAUUUUGAGCUAUAUGCAUAUAUUUUUCAAAGCAAAUCCUACAUGUCUGAUGCUCAUCGAUGAAGCAUCUUUUCUGUGAUUACUGUUAAGACAUGUAGUUCUUUUGCUCUCUUUUUUACGCUUCAAGAUUUUCGAUCUGUAUCUUGGUCUCAAGACCCCCACAAGGAUUAUCUAAUAUACUGAAGUAGACGCUUUCCUCCAUCA